AUGGCGGAACAGAAGCUCUGCGGAGGUGCCCCGGCGCGAGCCCCGUGCUGCCGCCGCCGCCCUCGGCGUCGCUGCUUACCGUCCGCGGCGCCAGCAGCGGCGCACCUGCCCCUGCUACUAGCACUGCUCCUUCCGUCCGUGCUCCUGCCGCCCAACCAGCUGCAGCGCGCCACGGCACAGUUUCCUGGCUUCGGCGAUCCUCUGCUGCUGUCGUGCAACGCGGCCGGCAUGAUGUGUGCCACGAGCGGCUACAAGUGCUACUCCUACAACUCCUCCUCCGUCCACAACUGUUCCUGCGAUUCCACCCCCCCUGCGUGCACCAAAUGGAAUGCUCCGGUGCCCCGGUCGUGCACGGACCCGACAACCAUUCCUUGUGUGCCCGGCGUCUGCCUCGUCACUGGCGUCUCCUUCCAAGGCUGCUCCUGCCCCAAGGGAUUCUUCCAAACCGCCACCCCUGCUGGCUCCCCUUACUGCGCUCCCGUGGCAAGCGGCACACAGAGAGUGGGGUUUAGUGUGCUUGCUCCCGCCCUGGGGUGCUCUCACAGCGCUUGCGCUCCCGUCUUGCCAGUUGAAGCGGCCAAGGCAGAUAUGCAGUCCCGUUAG